AUGGCCAACUUCAGCCUUGAAAAUUUCUAUAUGAAGAUUAACUAUAAGCCUUAUAAACUGUUACUGACUGAGACAGGUGAAAGGCGAGGGACUCUUAACUGGAAACAAAGGUUUGACAUAAUUUUUGGCACAGCCAAGGGUCUUGCCUAUUUACAUGAACAAUAUCAUGUAAGGAUCAUACAUCGAGAUAUAAAAUCGAGCAACAUAUUGCUUGAUGAAGAGUUUCAGCCAAAAAUUGCUGAUUUUGGAUUUGCCAGACUUCUCCCUGAGAGCCAAAGUCAUGUUAACACCAAAUUUGCUGGGACAUUAGGGUAUACGGCACCAGAGUAUGCAAUACAUGGGCAAUUGUCUGAGAAUGUAGAUACACAUGGCUUCGGGAUCGUAGUCCUUGAAAUUAUUAGUGGCAGAAGGUGCAAUGAUGUUCAAUCUACCAAUGAAUACCUACUCGAAGAUGCAUGGAGAAUGUACGAGAACAACAUGUACUCAGAGUUAAUAGAUAAGACACUAGACCCUGAUGAAUACAGGGUAGAAGAUGUGAAGAAAUGCAUGGAGAUAGGUUUAUUGUGCACUCAAUCUCCGGUGUCUUCAAGACCACCAAUGUCUCAAGUUGUUGCCAUGCUCUUAAUUGGUAAUACAUCUGAAGAUGCUUAGAUUGCACACCUAGCAUAACAUCAGAUAAAAUGUGUAUGAGCAGAGCUGUUUAAAAAUAGACUUGUACAAAUUGAAAUCGAGAUAGAUAGUACAGAGAAUAAAUAAUAUGAAAUCAAGAUAAUUAGUGUUCAUGUUUAAGGUUUAACCAAGACUGACCAGAUUAUUUGUGGCGAUUAUUGGCAAGAUAUUAAUUAAUUGUUAGGGAGAUAUAGUAAUCAACUAGGAGUAAACCUUGGUGGGUUUUGAACCCGAAACAUCACGACAUAUCCUAAUACUC